CUUUACUUCGUAUUCUGUUUGGGUAUUAUUCAUACGUGCAUACACUGUGUUUGACUAAACUUGGAUGUCUCGCUAUUUGAACCGGUGUCCUAAGUCUUGUGAGGCUUGAAUGACAUUUCUGGUGCUUAGAUGUCUCCAACUCCUCCAUCCAAACGACAAAAAAUACUGUCCGCUGUAGAAAACAACAACAAUAAUAAUUUUCACACAAGUACCGACAUUAAUUUAUCAAACGGGAUGGAAGCUAAUGGAGAAGUUCCUGAUUUAGACGAAAGUCUAUAUAGUCGUCAGCUUUAUGUUUACGGCACUGAAGGGAUGCGUCGGAUGGCAACUACUGACAUUCUGGUUAUUGGCCUAGAAGGCCUUGGGCUCGAAAUAGCAAAAAAUAUCACUCUUGCUGGAGUUAAGUCUGUCACCCUAUGUGACAAUACCCCUGUGUGCCUAAGUGAUCUUUCUUCUCACUAUUUUGCAAGUCAGGAUGAUAUUGGACAUCCUCGUGCUGAAGUUUGCAAAAAUAAGCUAGGCGAAUUAAAUAAUCAUGUGUCUAUUCACGUCCUAAACAAGUCGAAACUUGGAUCGGAUGAUCUAAAGAAAUACAAUGUGGUGGUAUUUACUCAGGCGUCAGAUGACUUGUGCGCGGAGUACGGAGAUAUUUGUCGCAGUUUAGGAAUCAAAUAUAUAGUUGCCUCAACCUGCGGACUCUUUGGAAAAAUAUUCUGUGAUUUUGGAGCAGAGUUUGUUGUUUAUGACCCAACAGGCGAGGAUCCGCCCUCGACAAUGAUUCAGCAAAUCGAACAAAGCAAAAAAGGGCUUGUAACUUGCUUAGAAGAAACGCGUCAUGGAUUUCAAGACGGAAAUUAUGUAACUUUUUCUGAAGUGAAAGGUAUGGUUGAACUAAAUGGUUGUGAGCCUCGGAAAAUUACAGUAGUUGGACCUGAUGCCUUUUCCAUUGGUGAUACUUCUAACUUGAGUCCUUAUAUAUCUGGUGGUGUCUGUACACUUGUUAAAAUGCCAAUGAAAAUCAGUUUCCAACCCUACAGGACCGCCUAUCGUUCUCCAGUCUUUAUGACAACGGAUUUUAUCAAGACUGAACGUCCCGCACAACUUCAUCUGUUUUUCAAAGCCCUGAGCAAAUACAGGGAUCACACUGGGUCUCUCCCUAAACCAUGGUGUAAAGAAGAUGCGCACACAUUCGUUGGCUAUGUUCACAAAGUGAAUGAAGAACUAAAAGGCUCAGAAGCUGCAGUUCCGGUUGUUGACGAAAAACUAGCCACACUUUUUGCAUGUGUGUCUUCGGGUCAAUGUUCUCCUAUCCAGUCUGUCAUAGGUAGUUUUGCGGCCCAAGAAGUCAUGAAGGCUUGUAGUGGGAAAUUUACACCACUGCAACAAUGGGCGUAUUUUGAUGCGGUAGAGUGCCUUCCUGAAGGUUCCGUUGGCGAUUUUGUAGUUUCAGAGAGCGAUGCAAAACCUAUUGGAUCACGUUAUGAUAGUCAAAUAGCUAUUUUUGGACAUACAUUCCAAGAAAAAAUUAAGCAGCUAAAAUACUUUAUUGUUGGUUCAGGUGCAAUCGGGUGUGAGUUACUGAAGAACUUUGCGCUAAUCGGAGUUGGCGCUGGAAAAUCCGGAAAAAUUAUUGUUACAGACAUGGAUUUCAUUGAAAGGUCAAACCUUAAUAGACAAUUUUUGUUUCGUCCGUGGGACAUCCAUAAGAUGAAAUCUGUUGUUGCCUCCGCAGCUGUCAAGGCCAUAAACCCAGAGCUCAAUAUUGAAGCUCAUGAAAAUCGUGUUGGAUCAGAAACGGAAAACAUAUACGAUGAUGCCUUCUUCGAAAGUUUAGAUGGCGUUGCUAAUGCGCUUGAUAAUAUAGAGGCGCGCACAUAUGUCGACCGUCGUUGUGUUUAUUACCGUAAAUCCUUAUUGGAAUCUGGAACCCUAGGGACAAAGGGAAAUGUACAAGUUGUUAUUCCCUACUUAACAGAAUCCUACUCAUCUUCGCAAGAUCCGCCUGAAAAAUCAUUCCCUGCUUGCACUUUGAAAAACUUCCCAUAUCUUAUUGAACAUACUCUACAAUGGGCACGCGAUUUAUUUGAGGGCGUUUUCGUCCAUCAAUCCCAAGCUAUGAAUUCUUUCCUACAGGAUCCGUCUGGAUUUUUGGAACGAACAUUGGCAACUCAAGGAAUCCAGCCAUUGGAAACUCUGGAAACCUUGAAAACUAAUCUGAUAGAUAAAAGGCCAAAUAAUUUCGAAGAUUGUGUGACGUGGGCUAGGUUGAUGUGGCAGGAUUUGUUUUCAAAUACAAUCGCACAACUACUGUUCAAUUUCCCUCGUGAUCAUGUUACUUCAACUGGGGCUGAUUUUUGGUCGGGAACAAAAAGAUGUCCUCACCCAUUAGAUUUCGACACUCAGAAUCCAACACACAUGGAGUUUAUUUUAGCAGCAUCGAAUUUGCGAGCUGAAUGUUAUGGUAUACCACAGUGUCGCAAUCUUGUCAAGAUCUCAGAGAUAGUUCAAAAUGUAACUGUUCCUCCAUUUGUUCCUCGAUCAGGCGUUCGAAUUGAGGUGACUGAGGCGGAGGCACAAGCCAGAGCAGCUGCACCAAUAGCUGAUGCAUCACGACUUGAAAAGCUCCAAAAGGCAUUGCGCAGUUUCAAUGAUACUGCUAAACUGCAUAUCAACGUGAUUGAAUUUGAGAAGGAUGAUGAUGCUAAUUUCCAUAUGGAUUUCAUUACCGCAGCAAGCAACUUGAGAGCUGAUAAUUAUGAAAUUCCACCUGCUGACCGACUAAAAAGUAAACUUAUCGCCGGUAAAAUAAUCCCUGCUAUUGCCACCACAACUAGUUUGGUUGCUGGUCUGGUGUGUUUGGAGUUGUUCAAGAUUGUCCAAGGACACAAAAAGCUUGAACUCUUUAAAAAUGCAUAUGUUGAUUUAGCGGCACCGUUCAUUUCCUUCUAUGAACCUGUGGCGCCUGCUAAAUCAAAAUAUUAUGAUACAGAAUUUUCUUUGUGGGAUCGGUUUGAACUGUCAGGUCAUAUGACAUUACAGGAUCUUAUCGAUUACUUCAAGAACAACUUGAAGUUAAAUGUAACAAUGUUGUCCCAAGAUGUUUCUAUGCUCUACGCAUUCUUCAUGCCGGAAGCAAGACGAAAGGAGCGUUUAGUUAUGCCCCUAAAGCAACUUGUGGAAACAGUCAGUAAACGUCAAAUCCCUCCACAUGUGAACGCUCUAGUAUUCGAUGUUUGCUGCAGCGACAUGAAUGAUGAAGAUGUUGAUGUUCCGUAUAUUCGAUAUGCACUUCAACGUGCCAAAUAAGACUCAUAUUUCCAUGUCUUUCCCAAAGCAUCCAGGUCGCAAACUGGAUUUUGGUGAUAGUUCCCAUAUGAUAUGAUCGACUCUGGAACUCUUUAUUUUCAUUCAAAAAACAAAAAAACAACUAACUAUAACUUGUUACUGAAUAAAUUUGCCAAUGAAAAUAAAUAAGCGAACAGCAUAUGUGCAGUUCUGUGAAUCUUGUACGACAUUUUUGUUUUAUGUAGCACUGUUUAAAAUUGAAGUUGUGUCGAACAUGUUUGAUUUAUUUCUUCCUCCACCAAUAUACUUCUGUAUGCAAUGUUUCAAAUCUAUGACUACUUGGGCUAGUUUAAUUUUAAUGAUUGCUUUCCUUAUCACAUUCUUUUGAAUGUUUGUUUUUUAUGGUAUUGAAGUUUACCAAAGAACAUCUUAACACGCCUA